AUCCACAAUUUGUUACAUGAGCAAUUAAGUUAUGAAGCAAAUUAAUUUUUGUAAUUGGAGCUUCAUUUGUUUGGUAGUAGCGGUAGUCGUAACAAUACAAUAUCACGAUGGAUUAGUGUCAGCUGCUGGCGAGGAGCAGUACUCUAAUUCUCAACCAGUUGAUUAUAACAACGACCAGGAAAGGACACCACCACCACCAUCAUCAUUUUUUGAUCAGCAACGAAGACCACCACCACCACCACCUUCAUGUGUCACACAACUGAUUCCUUGUUUGAGCUACCUGUACGGGGUUACGAGCACAACUAAUAGAGGUAGUAGUAGCAGCAGCGGCAGUAGUACUCGUACUAGCAGUCCAAAUUACUUCAACAGCUGGAACAAUAACGGGAACAAUAACGAUGAAUACAAUAAUGACGGAAACGAUAACAGAAACAAUAACGAGGAUGCGCAGCCACCACCAAGGAGUUGUUGUGAUCCCCUGCUAUCAGUUAUUAAAUCUAGCCCAGAGUGCCUCUGCACCAUGAUAUCCAAUGAAGUCACCUCCAAAGCUGGAGAAGUCGGGAUUAACAUUACCCGAGCUCAGGAACUGCCUGCGAAAUGCGGUCAAAUUGUUAACCCCAUUGCUUGUCUGGCUAUUGCUGCUGCUGCAGGCAAUAAUAACAACAGAAUCAUGAGGUCACCAUCAUCAGCAGCAGCAGCAGCAUCGAGCACUGUUGGAAAUAUCAAAUAUAAGCUUAUCAUUUUCAUCGUCUCAUCCUGGGCAGCAUACAUGGAACCAUAGACUACCACUGCUAUCACAUUUUACGGCUUCUAAUUAUCGAUAAUAUUUUCUCAUACAUCCAUCCCUGUAAACUAUAACGCUUAUGUUUUAAUAUAUAAAAUUUCA